GCUUUCGCACUAGAACGCAUUUUUCUUAUUGGAAAGCGCGAGUGUAUCCCGUCAGCAACCGUGGCUGACUGACGGAAGGUAGGACAUUCUAUUUGUGAAGUGAAAAUGGCGGCUGUUGAAACGAAACCCCCGAAACAGCAAAAAGCAACUGCUCGCGACGAGGAGAAGGAUGAAAUCAUCGACGAGAAUGUUGCCGAAAACCUUCCGGGAGAUUCGAACAAAAAGAAGAAACCCAAGAAGCCAAAAAAGAGUGCUGCGGAGAAAGCUGAAUCCGCAGCGUUGAGAGAUGCUCUCGCGGAAAAGCAGGCAUCAGAGAAGGCUCUUCGGGAAGCGGAAAAGACCGCAAAGGAGUUGGAAAAACUUAAGAUACAGCAACAACCUGAAGCUGUCGAUGAAGAAGAAGAUGACGACGAGGGGACGACAGGAGACGUAAAUUCGGAUCCGUCCAAGAAAAAGAAAAGGAAACGCACCAAAAAGAAAGGCAGCGCAAGUGCUGCUGGUGCCAGCGGAAAGCUUGUUGCGCCUUCAAUCCCAAUCUCUGAGCAGUUUAAGGAUGGUAACUUUCCCGAGGGUGAGAUAAUGCAAUACCCAGACUCCACUACGGCCAAAGAUCGUUUCACAAGCGAGGAGAAGCGCGCUCUGGAUCGGAUGCAUUUGGAUAUCUACAAUGAGUUACGUCAGGCGGCGGAAGCGCACCGUCAGACCCGACAGUAUAUGCAGAAGUGGAUUAAACCGGGCAUGACAAUGAUUGAGAUUUGUGAAGAGCUGGAAAACACCGCCCGAAGGCUUAUCGGCGAGAAGGGACUAGAAGCGGGUCUAGCUUUCCCUACCGGGUGUUCGAGAAAUCAUUGUGCGGCCCAUUACACGCCAAAUGCCGGAGAUCCGACGGUGCUACAGUACGACGAUGUGACCAAAAUUGAUUUUGGAACUCAUAUUAAGGGGAGGAUUAUUGAUUGCGCCUUUACACUUUCGUUCAAUCCGAAGUACGAUAAGUUGCUGGAAGCUGUUAAGGAUGCUACAAAUACUGGAAUCCGAGAGGCGGGAAUUGACGUGAGGCUCUGCGAUAUCGGUGCUGCUAUCCAGGAGGUUAUGGAAUCUUAUGAAAUCGAAUUGGACGGUAAAACCUAUCAAGUGAAAAGUAUCCGUAAUUUGAACGGUCAUUCAAUAAGUCCGUAUCGUAUUCAUUCGGGUAAAACAGUCCCGAUUGUGAAGGGCGGCGAAACUACACGGAUGGAAGAGAACGAGUUUUACGCCAUUGAAACGUUCGGAUCGACCGGUCGAGGAAUGGUGCACGAUGAUAUGGAUUGCUCUCAUUAUAUGAAGAAUUUCGACGCGCCCUUCGUGCCACUGCGUUUACAAUCGUCCAAGCAGCUACUGGGUCUCAUCAACAAGAACUUUGGAACGUUGGCUUUCUGCAAGCGGUGGUUAGAUCGAGCCGGUGCCACAAAGUACCAAAUGGCACUUAAGGAUCUUUGCGACAAAGGUGUUGUCGAGGCGUAUCCACCGUUGUGUGAUGUUAAGGGAUGCUACACAGCGCAAUACGAGCACACGAUCAUGUUGCGUCCUUCGUGCAAAGAGAUUGUUUCGCGUGGAGAUGAUUACUGAAAACCCACAGAGUUAAGUCGUAGACGGACCCGUUACGAUAAUCCAACAUUAACCGGUUAAACCGAGACUGGAAGUCAAUAUUGCUUCUUAUCUCGAAUUCAUGUGAGGAUUUGUUUCUCUUUUGGUUUGGAAUUGUGUCAUUGAGUUGUUGCAACUAACGAGAAUCGGUUAUUAAAAAUAACAAUAGUGUACGCGUUGAUAUAAA